UCUCUAUCGUUAUGGCCUGCCUCGUCCCUUCUUUCUUCCUCUUGUCAGUUGCAGGAACCUUUUAGUCUUAAUGGCAUGUAUAAACAGGGAGACAUUGUGCUGGGGGGUCUAUUUGAAACCCAUUAUACCUCUAUCUUCCCCAAAUCCUUUUUCACCUCCAAACCACAGCAGCCCAUCUGCCAGGGUUUUGACAUUCAAGGGUUCAGGCAUUCCCAGACCAUGCUGUUUGCAGUAGAUGAGAUCAACAGGAGUGACAGUCUUCUGCCAAACGUGACACUGGGAUACAGACUGCAUGAUAACUGUGCCUCACUCGGAGUUGCCUUCCGAGCUGCCUUUUCAUUGGCCAGUGGCAAGGAGGAGAAGUUUGACCAGGCCGCAAGCUGUAGAGGAACCCCUGUGGUAGGGAUUGUGGGUGACUCCAGCUCCACAAAUACUAUUGCCAUCUCCAGUGUUUUUGGUUUGUUCAAAAUGCCCAUGGUGAGUUACUUUGCCACAUGUUCCUGUCUCAGUGACAGGCAACGAUUCCCAUCUUUUUUUAGAACUAUCCCAAGUGAUGCGUUUCAGGUGCGAGCUAUGCUCCAGAUUCUGAAGCGGUUUGGCUGGACCUGGUUUGGCCUGCUGAUCAGUGAUGAUGACUACGGUCUCAACGCCGCCCGUUCCUUCCAGUCAGAGCUGGCCCAGUCUGGUGAAGGCUGUCUGGAUUAUCUAGAGGUUUUGCCGUGGGGAAACGACCUCGGUGAACUUCAAAGGAUCGUUGACAUAAUGAAGAAAUCCACUUCCCGUGUGGUCAUUGUUUUUGCACAUGAGAAUCACAUGUUUAACCUCAUGGGAGAGGUGGUAAGGCAGAAUGUUACAGGCCUACAGUGGAUGGCCAGUGAAGCCUGGUCUACAUCCAUUGUACCUCAGACUCCCAGCUACAUGCCUUUUCUUGCAGGCACUCUGGGCAUUGCCAUCCGCCGGGGAGAGAUACCAGGACUGAGGGACUUUCUACUGACAAUACGCCCUAACAAUAAGACACUCAGCAGCAAGGACAAUAACUUUGUGCAGCAGUUUUGGGAGGCGACGUUCCAGUGUAGAUUCCCGCCUUCACCGCCCAAAUGGAUCGAUGAAGGGGGGAAACUGUGCACAGGGCAGGAGAACCUGGCAACUGCAGAGACAGAGUUCCUGGAGGUGUCAAACCUCAGGCCAGAAUAUAAUGUGUACAAGGCGGUAUAUGCCAUGGCUAAUGCCCUCCAUGACAUGCUGAGGUGUGUUCCAGGAAGGGGACCUUUUGUCGGGCAAACCUGCGCCAGUUUACAGAGACUAGAGCCAUGGCAGCUAGUUUAUUACUUGGAUAGGAUCAACUUUACCACACCUUUUGGGGAUCAAGUGUCAUUUGAUGAGAAUGGGGACGCUUUACCCAUCUAUGAUGUAAUGAACUGGCUUUGGCUCCCAGACGGUAGCACAGUAGUUCAGAAUGUUGGAGUUGUCAAGGAGACCGCUGCCACAGGUGGAGAAACCACACUCAAAGAAGACAUCAUCUACUGGAAUUUUGUGCCCAAAAAGCCACCUCGAUCAGUGUGUAGUGAGAGCUGUCCCCCAGGCACCCGCAUGGCCAGGAGGAAGAAUGAGCCUGACUGCUGCUUCGACUGCAUCCCUUGUUCAGAUGGAGAAAUUAACAAUAGGACAGAUUCGACAGAGUGCCUGAGUUGUCCAGAAGACUUCUGGUCAAGCCCUCAGCGUGACGUUUGUGUGCCAAAAAUGAUAGAGUUCCUCUCGUACAAUGACCCCUUGGGCAUAUCCUUAACAACGGCCUCUUUGAUAGGAACACUCAACUGUGCAAUUGUGUUAGGAAUCUUCAUACAUCAUCGGACCACACCAGUGGUUAGGGCCAACAACUCAGAGCUCAGCUUCCUCAUUCUGCUGUCACUCAAACUAUGCUUCUUGUGCGCCUUGCUUUUCAUUGGUCAACCAAGGCUCUGGACUUGUCAAUUGAGGCAUGCAGCCUUUGGGAUCAGCUUUGUUCUGUGUGUCUCUUGUAUCCUGGUGAAGACCAUGGUUGUUCUGGCGGUAUUCAAGGCCUCCAAACCAGCUGGUGGGAAUAGUCUGAAGUGGUUUGGGGCAGUUCAACAGAGAGGGACUGUUGUAUUUCUGACUUUAAUCCAAGCAGCAAUAUGCACAACCUGGCUUGUGUCUUCCUCACCAGCUCCGAAUAGAAACACACAAUAUCACAAUGACAGAAUAGUAGUUGAGUGUGUAGUGGGGUCCAGAGUUGGAUUUGGAGUAUUACUGGGCUAUAUUGGAUUACUGGCUAUUCUCAGCUUCUUGCUUGCAUUCUUGGCACGCAAUCUGCCAGAUAACUUCAAUGAGGCCAAGUUUAUCACCUUCAGCAUGCUAGUCUUUUGUGCUGUUUGGAUAGCCUUUAUCCCCGCUUAUAUUAACUCCCCUGGUAAAUCUGCAGAUGCUGUGGAGGUAUUUGCCAUUUUAGCUUCCAGUUUUGGGCUGUUAGGGGCCCUAUUUGGACCAAAGUGUUUUAUAAUUCUGCUUAGACCUGAGAGAAACACAAAGAAGGCUAUAAUGGGACGGGGUGUCCCAAAAGAAUAG